GUGACAUUACUUUUGAAAUUAAUAAAUAAAUAAAUAUUUAUAAAAUUUUCAGGCUGAUGAUCUAAGGAACUUGUUUCUCCAAGCUGAAAACUGUGAUCUCCGGCGGGAGACCAUGUCAAUUACUCGACUUCCGCAUGGAGAAUACUUCAAGAUUGAUCGGAUCGAGAAGAUUGACUUUGAGAACAACGAAUAUGGACAAAACUUUUGUCUUAAGGUUUAUUUACCAACCAAUUCCUUUGACGUCUGGCUCACCAACUACUGGAACCAGCGUCUCGAUGCAGAGGCCGUGAGUCGUGCAGCAAAAGUUCGCCCUUAUUUUAUUGCCUAUAAGGGAUUAAAAUCAAUGGGGCGAUUCCAAAGGGCUGACAUAGACAUCGUCCCAGAUGUAGAAGAACAGCACCAUCAACAUGCAUUGGUGAUUGAGAAUGCAGCAGAAGAGCAUCCUGAACAACAAUCAACAUUUGAGUCUACACAAAUUCCCACAGCACUAAUUCCAUCAGUUCAAAAGUCAUCAACAUUGACUCAAAAAAUUGAUGCAGCGCAGAUGCCAAUACUUCAAGCAACAUCGAAUAUACUGCAUUCAACAGUCGAUUCUCCGAAAAUUGAUGCAGUGCAAAUGCCACCACCUCAAGCGUCAUCAAAGCUACAGAUGGGAAAACAACCAGAAGAUCCUGUACCAGGAUCUUCAAAGGUUAUUGUUGCACCCGUGGCUUCCGUGGCGCCACAGAGGGCCAAUAACGAAUACGUGUCCGACUCCUCCUCCUCUCAGGGAGAAGGAGACGUAAUCGUUAUUGAUGAAGAAGAAGGUUCUUCAACUACACUAAAAAGAAGUGUGAAGAAGAAGAGGUCGAAAAAGGGGGAUGAUGGAGCAUCCCCACAAAAACAGCCGCGUUCGAAAGCUAAUACAGCAGUGACAUCAUCCACCAAUUCAACUACAGCUGUUAAUACCCAACUCCUACAACUACCAUCCUUUGAAAGUAUGUUUUCACAAUAUUCGUAAAAAAAUCGAGAUUAACCCUCUCAGGACGAGUCGAGAUAGAAAAAUAAUCUUUCUGACUAUUGAAAGUUAUUUUUUCCAGAAAAAUUAUUUUCUCUAUGAGCAAACGGUAACUACUAGACCUGAGAGAGCUAAUCGAUUUCAUCAAUUUCUUUUUUUAAUUUACUAUUUACGUUUUUAGUUUUUUCUUCUCAUUUAAUAAUUUUUCUUUAUAUUUUUAUCUACCUUUAAAAAUUUCAAGAGAACUAUUUUAUUUUCUUAUUUUACCAUUUGUAUUCCUAUUUUUAUAAUAAGAUUUUUUUUUCAAUUCUGUUUAUUUCUUUCAAAUAUGAUAUUAAAAAAAAAAAGAUAAUAAAUUUAAUAUACAACAAAAACAA